AUGAAUGAUCAUUACAAAUUGCUGACAUACACAUCUUCAGAUGAGAAGCAGAACUACCCUGAUAGAUCUCAACAACAUAAAAUUGACGGACAUGAGAACAACCCACUUCAUGAUGCCUGUAGGAAGGGGGACCUUGGUCGAGUAAGAUACAUCCUGUCCCGGGGUUUGGUCGACGUCGACGGUAGAGACGAGAAGCACGGGAGGACACCACUCAUGGCGGCGGCAGAGAAGGGACAUAGAAGAGUAUUUGACUUUCUUAUUAGAAAAGGAGCUAAUGUGUCACAAGUAGAUGAUGACGGCUACAACAUCCUGCACUGGGCCUGCAGAGGUGGACAUAUGGGCAUGGUGAGGUAUCUACUCUCACAACAAAGUGUUGAUAUUCACAGUAGGGGAAAGUUCGGAUCAACUCCCCUGAUGAAGGCUGUAUAUUAUGGGCACAGGGACAUGUUUAAGUUUCUGGUGAGUCAGGGAGCUAAUGUGUCACAAGUGGAUGAUGAUGGCGACAACAUCCUGCACUGGGCCUGUAUUGGCGGACAUGUGAGUAUGGUGAAAUAUCUACUCUCACAACACAUUAUUGAUAUCAACAGUAGAUCAAAAAAGGGAAAAACACCCCUGAUGAAGGCUGCAUAUUAUGGACAGAGCGACGUACUUAAGUUUCUCGUGAGUGAGGGAGCUAAUGUGUCACUGGUGGAUGAUGAUGGCGACAACAUCCUGCACUGGGCCUGUAUUGGCGGACAAGUGGGUGUGGUGAAAUAUCUACUCUCACAAUACAGUGUUGAUAUUAACAGUAGAGCAAAGAUGGGAAAAACACCCCUGAUGAAGGCUGCAUAUUAUGGACACAGAGACGUGCUUGAGUUUCUCGUGAGUAAGGGAGCUAAUGUGUCAAUGGUGGAUGAUGAUGGCGACAACAUAAUUCAUUAUGCCUCAAUUAGAGGACAAGUGGAAGUGUUAAAGCAUAUCAUAUCACGGGGCAUUGUGAACAUUCGUAGCAGAGGAAAGUACGGAAGGACACCAUUGAUGAGAUCCGCGUAUUAUGGAAAUAGAAAAGUGUUUGAUCUACUUGUGAGUGAAGGUGGUCGAAUUUCCUCAGUGGAUGAUAAGGGUUACAACAUCCUUCAUCUGGCCUCUAUUGGUGGACGUGUGGAGAUGGUGAAACAUAUCUUAUCUCAGAACAUGACAGACAUUAACUCCAGGAACAAGGAUGGUGAAACUGCAGCCAUGAUAGCAAUGCGUAAAGGACAUCCUGUUGUGUAUGACUUUCUUGUUUCUCGGGGCUGUUCACUGCAAUAA